CACAAACGGUUUUUAAAUGACAAAAAUGGCGGCUUGACGAAAUCUACAUUACCGACGUGUUGACAACUGACAAAAGUGGGGUUAUAAAGGCAAGAUGCCCCCAUGUUCGGCCCAAUGUGGCAAAAACGCAAUACUGAAGAGACCAAAAACCGGCGACACGUUGUGUAAGGAGUGUUUUUUCGAAGCGUUUGAAAAUGAGAUUCAUUUCACAAUUACACGGGCUAAACUAUUCAAACCAGGGAGUAAAGUCGCAAUUGCGGCGUCCGGUGGCAAAGACUCCACAGUUCUGGCGUACGUCAUGAAGCUACUUAACGAAAAGUACGAUUAUAAGCUGGACUUAGUGCUUUUGUCCAUUGAUGAGGGUAUUACAGGGUACAGGGACGAUAGUUUAGAUACUGUGAAACAAAAUCGGGACGAUUACGGAAUGCCUUUGAAAAUAAUGUCUUAUAAGGAUUUGUACGGUUGGACAAUGGACGAAAUUGUGGCUGAGAUUGGGAGGAAAAAUAACUGUACUUUUUGUGGCGUUUUCAGACGCCAGGCUUUAGACAGAGGGGCGGCUCUUCUAAAUGUUGAUUAUUUAGCAACUGGACAUAACGCUGAUGAUAUUGCAGAGACUGUCUUGAUGAAUAUUUUAAGGGGCGAUUUGGCACGUCUCAGCCGUUGUACGUCCAUUAUCACGGACAGUGGUGACGGCAUUCCACGCGUAAAACCCCUCAAAUACACCUACGAGAAAGAAAUCGUCAUGUACGCCUACUUCCGCAAAUUGGUUUAUUUCUCCACUGAGUGUGUCUUCGCCCCCAAUGCGUACAGAGGCCAUGCCCGGGUGUUGCUCAAAGAUUUGGAAAAAAUAGACCCUGCUGUUAUAAUGAAUAUUAUCCAGUCGGGGGAAUCCCUCAAAAUCAACGAAAAUGCCAAUAUGCCAACUUUGCAGAAAUGCACAAGGUGCGGAUAUGUGUCGUCGCAGGACGUGUGCAAAGCUUGCGUCCUCUUGGAGGGACUCAAUAAAGGAUUACCGAAACUAGGAAUAGGGAAGUCGAGUAAAGUGAAACGACAUUUACAAGAAAACAGUCCGUGUUGUAAAACGCAGAGUUGCUUAUGUAACAAGAAAUAAAUUUUAUUGGUGUUACGCAA